GCGGGCAUUGACGAUGACAGAAGCCGCUUUUGAAAGGGAUGACCUAAAAACGUCUCUGGCCUUCACAGGCCCUUUCGUAGAGGUAGCGGUCUAUGGCAAAAGCGUGCCCCAGACAGUGUUGUAGCUAGCGUUUUCUCUCAGGAACUCUCAACACAGUGGUGUCACAAUGUGGACGUGUAAAACCACAUGGAAGAAGCUAGCCCCACUCGCCAGAACAUGUUCAACAUUGUGCCGGCAAAAUGCACGGAGAACAGUGUUGAACAGUGACCGAAGACUGCCAAUGGUUACACAGGCCCACAUGUCCUCAGGAACUCCAGGGAGUGGUGGGGACAACAAUUUAUACUACCUCCUGGUGGGAGCAACAUGUAUAGCGGGAGGAUUUUAUGCUUAUCGUACCAUCAAAGGAGACCAAGAGCGAUAUAAUGAACGAAUGAAUGAAAUUGCUUCUAGAGCAAAUAAGGUUGCAGAACAAGCAGAGACGUACCUUCCAGAAGAGCCCCGAGGUGAUGAAGCUGUUGAAACUCCAGAAGAAACAUCCCCAGAAGUAACUGCAGAGGAACCUGAGGGGCCUCCUGUCGAACUAGAGGCUGAGAUUGCAGAAGAAGCACCUGUUGCUGAUUUGGCCCUGGAAGAAGUUGUGGAGAUGCCAUGUGCUCCAACUCAGAGUGAACCAUCACCAGUAGCAGAAAGCCCUCCUGCAGAAACAGCUGAGCCACAAACUACGACUGUGACUGAGAGUGCUGCGGAUCCUGCAACAGAUGAACCCACCAAUGUCCCUCCACCUGCACCUGUAGAGUUUCCCUCCCAUGCCCCAUACCUCUUAAUUGGCGGAGGCACAGCCUCCUUUGCUGCAGCACGCUCCAUUAGGGCCAGGGACCCAGGAGCCAGAGUUUUGAUCAUCACUGAUGAACCAGACCUUCCCUACAUGAGGCCUCCUCUCUCCAAAGAGCUGUGGUUCUCUGAUGACCCUGGUGUGGUUGACACGCUGCGCUUCAAACAGUGGAAUGGCAAGGAGAGGAGCAUCUACUUCCAGCCUCCUUCUUUCUAUGUUAGUCCUCAGGAUUUGGAAAAAGUGGAGAAUGGUGGGGUGGCUGUGCUCACCGGGAAAAAGGUAGUGCACAUGGAUGUGAGGGGAAACAAAGUGACAUUGAGUGAUAACACUGAGAUCUCAUAUGAUAAGUGCCUGAUUGCCACAGGCGGCGUCCCAAGGAAUCUGCAAGUGAUCGAGAGAGCAGGAGAGGAGGUGACAAAGAGGACUACUCUGUUUAGAAAGGUUGAAGAUUUCAAAGCGUUGAAUAAGGUUUCCAGGGACACCAAGUCUAUCACCAUCAUUGGAGGAGGUUUCUUGGGGAGUGAGCUAGCCUGUGCCCUGGGCCGGAGAUCUGCUGAUUCUGACCUGGAGGUAAUCCAAAUGUUCCCUGAGAAGGGCAACAUGGGAAAGGUUCUGCCUGAGUAUCUGAGCAACUGGACAACUGCCAAAGUCAGAAGUGAGGGAGUGCGAGUCAUCACAGAAGCUUUGGUAAAAGGUGUGAGCUUCAAAGAUGGCAAAGUGGAGAUCAAACUGAAGGAUGGUCGUGUAGUGAAGACGGACCAUAUAGUUGCAGCUGUUGGGCUGGAGCCCAGUGUAGAACUGGCCAAGUCGGCAGGUCUGGAAGUAGACUCUGACUUUGGGGGCUAUCGGGUCAAUGCAGAACUGCAGGCUAGGUCCAAUAUAUGGGUGGCAGGUGAUGCAGCCUGCUUCUAUGACAUAAGACUGGGCCGCAGGCGGGUGGAGCACCAUGACCAUGCAGUCGUGAGUGGCAGACUUGCCGGAGAGAACAUGACGGGGGCCAACAAGCCCUACUGGCAUCAGUCAAUGUUCUGGAGUGAUUUGGGGCCUGAUGUAGGCUAUGAAGCCAUUGGGAUAGUAGACAGCAGCCUUCCAACGGUUGGAGUAUUUGCCAAAGCUACUGCCAAAGACACCCCCAAAGCUGCUACUGAAAAGUCAGGAACUGGAAUCCGUUCGGAGAGUGAGACUGAGGGGACGGCCAGUAGCACUGCAACCUCCUCCACGCCUGCACCACCCCCAGAACCACAGCAGAAGGACGACUAUGGGAAAGGAGUCAUCUUCUAUUUACGUGACAAAGUGGUGGUGGGCAUUGUCCUGUGGAAUGUGUUUAACAGAAUGCCAAUUGCAAGGAAGAUCAUCAAAGAUGGAGAGGAACAUGCAGAUCUAAAUGAAGUGGCUAAGCUCUUCAACAUUCACGAGGACUGAGUCUUCUCUUCUCGGGGGAGGUUGAGCCUAUGCCCAGAGACGUGCGCUGUCACUUCUCAUAAUGGCAUUGAACUUUCACAGUGAUUGCCUGGCUUUGGCAGACCCUUCUAUGAUGAUGCACUUGAAAAGAGAAGGGAGACCCUCUGGACACAUCUGCUCUGUACAUUUCAUGUUGUUGGAAUAUUUUCACAUGUUUGUUAUUUCUAUUACAUGUAUCUGUAUUUCUUUUCUAUUCCAGAUAGUGAGUAGAAAUAUUCGUCCAGUCAAAUCAUUCUAUAGUAUGAAAGUUUCCUGAUCUGUUCCUUCAGCAAUUUUAUAAUCAAAGUAAAAUUAUCUAUUUCGAGGAAUACAAGUGACGCUGGGCAAGAUCCUUAAAACAUACUUGUACGUGGAUGUUGUUUUUCAGUGUGAUGCACGCAGCUCAUUAUGAUAAAGGCUGCAAUAAAAAUAUUUUCCAAUUGAAAUA